ACUUCUGACAGGUCGCUGCUGAAAUAGCUGCCAUCUCUGAGACGUGUGGUCACGCUGUAACAUGGGAGGAUCAGUGGACACCCUGGCUAUAAUAAUGAUCAGUGGACAAACAACGGGACAUCACACAGAGAGACGGACCAGAGGACUCUACAGAGAGACAGACCAGAGGACUCUACAGAGACACAGAGAGACAGACCAGAGGACUCUACGGACACACAGAGAGACAGACCAGAGGACUCUACAGAGACACAGAAGGCUGCAGCCUACCAGACCAGGCCUCAGGAUGGACCAUGUUGUUAAGUUUGAAGGGAUUCCCAUGUCUAAGUCCAUGAGAGGGAUGUGUAAGGAGGAGGACUAUGCGUUCCUGGGAGAGAAGGGGAACAGCCACAAGGAGACAGACACGCUGGGAGAAGACUGGAAGGAAGACAAAGUAGAGAGGGUGCGGCGGCGUCGGGAGCGAGUGCAGCAGGAGCAGGACAGAAUCCGAGACCUGGAGGAGAGUAGGAAGACACCUAAAUACAACAAGCCACUUCAAUACAGCCAGCCAGCCAGCCAGCCAGCCAGCCAGCCAGCCAGCCAGCCAGCCAGCCAGCCAGCCAGCCAGAGUAGCAGGGACAUUGAGGGUGACUUCCAGAGGAGUGUGCUAGCAGAGGAGAUGUCCCUCCAGACAGACUCUGAGUCCAGCCAAGCCCUGGACCAGCUGCUUACCAGGAUCUAG